AUGUCUGAUGAACCAGUACCUACGCAAAACGGUGUGACCGAAGCUACCAGUACUAGCAAUGUUAGCGUUGCUGUGGAAGAAAACGCUACCCCUGUGGAGCCUCAGCCCUUCUCUUGGCUCCAGCCUCACCCGCUCUUCGUUAUCGCCCUGGUAGGCCCCGAGGAGACUCCCUUCGGCAUUCAAAAGGACUUUUUGUGCUCCAAGUCCACCUAUUACAAGAAAUACUUUGACGAGACCCCCGACGGCCUUGAGAACCUUGUGAGACUUCCCGACACCGCCGUCGAGGUCUUUGCCUAUGCCCAAAACUUCCUCUACACUGGGCAGGUAUUCCCUAGUCUCGACAACCUCCCCACCUACGAGGUGCUCAUCGGCGUCUGGAAGUUGGGCAACGAGCUGGGCAUCGAAGGGCUCUGCGAUGCCACCCUCGAUGCCAUGGCCGAGUGCCGCCGUAUAACGGAGCACAUCCCCGCCACUCCGCUCCUCGUCCAGGUUUGGAGGGACACUCCGGAGGGAUCCUCGAUCCGCAAACUUCUCCUCUCGUGGGCCGCCGAGUAUAUGAGGUCCAGCGAGUCCCGUGCCGAGUUCGCACGGUCGCUUCCCCAGGAGGUGUUGAGUGAGCUAGUAGUGGCGAUGAGCUCUCUGGACUUGCCACCGCUUCAGCUUGAUACGAUUGCGGUGCCCGGCGCCCAGCGACGUUCAGCACCACACGAAUUGGACGAGGCUGCUGAAGGGCGCCCGGCGAAGAAGCGGCGCGCGUCGGAUGCCGGACUCAACGGAACCUCCACAGUCAUCGCUGCUCAGGGCCCUGCCCGCAAGCUGGCACCGAGGGCGUCGCUUCCAGGGACCAAACCGGGGCCAAAGCCGGGAUCCAAACGCCGAACUAGUGCUGCCGUCAACGGAGCCCAACCGUUCUCAGCCAACCAAAAGCUCAACUUCUGCGCCGACCUCCUCUCGCGGAUGCUCUCCGGGCCAGGCUUCUGGACGCGCGUAGUAGGGCCCUUCAAGGACCCGGUCGACCCGGAGCGCGACGGCGUGCCCGACUACCUCAAGGUGGUCAAGAACCCGAUGGACCUGACGACGAUGAAGGCCAAGAUGGACGCGCGGCAGUACACGGACGAGACCGAGUUCCUGGCCGACAUGAACCAGAUCUUCACCAACUGCUACACCUACUGGCGCCAGCAGGACCCCAUGUGGGCGGCGUGCGAGAAGCUGCAGAAGUCGUUUGAGGAUAAGUUCGGGCAGAUGAACAAGUGGAUCGCCAAGAUGGAGGGCGACGAGGGGAAUUAG